GACACAGAAGGUCUGGCAUGGAAGCUCUAGCAUCACAGGUUUCGAGAAGCGUUCGCAAUGCCGAAGCCGCAUGACAAAUCCCUGAUUUUGGUGACAGAAAGUGGGCAACUUUUGCUGCCUAUGCAUGAGAGACUUUUCUGUGUUCUGAAAUGCGCAUCACAAGUUUGUAUUCUUCCAGACCCA